AUCAAAGGGUGAUUCACACGGAAACAGCGAUCUUGGGAAUUUCCAGGACUUCAUUGCAAGAAUAUCCAUUUAAAGUCUAUACGUUUUCAGAGGACGCAGGAUCUGAAGCAGCCCAGAACUGGUCGUGGAGACACCACAACGAUUGAUGGCGGAAGCCGGAAAUUCAGCCCAGGCGAUCAAGCCUGGGUUCUACCGUCUUGAACUUAACAAAGCGGUCUGGGAGGUUCCCGAACGUUACCAAAUGCUGCAGCCCGUGGGAUCAGGCGCCUAUGGACAAGUUUGCUCAGCAGUAGACACACACAGCUCCCAAAAAGUGGCCAUAAAAAAGCUGGCAAGGCCGUUCCAGUCUCCCAUCCACGCCAAGAGGACGUACAGGGAAAUACGCAUGUUGAAACAUAUGAACCAUGAAAACAUAAUUGGCCUGUUAGAUGUGUUUACUCCCACAGAUACAUUGGAGGAGUUUCAAGAUGUAUAUUUGGUGACAGCGUUGAUGGGUGCUGACCUUAACAACAUUAUCAAGACACAGAAGCUUAGUGAUGACCACGUGCAGUUUCUAGUAUACCAGAUCUUACGAGGUUUAAAGUAUGUCCAUUCAGCAGGCAUUAUACAUAGGGACUUGAAACCCAGUAAUAUUGCAGUAAAUGAAGACUGUGAGUUAAAAAUUUUAGACUUUGGGCUGGCCCGACAUGCAGAUGAUGAGAUGACGGGUUACGUGGCUACAAGGUGGUACAGAGCUCCUGAGAUUAUGCUGAACUGGAUGCAUUAUAACCAAACAGUUGACAUUUGGUCUGUUGGCUGUAUAAUGGCUGAACUCAUGACUGGCAAGACACUCUUCCCCGGCACAGAUCAUAUUGACCAGUUGACCAGGAUCAUGAGUUUAGUGGGGACACCAGAUGACCGUCUGCUGGCCAAGAUAACCAGUGACGAGGCACGGAGGUAUAUAAAGUCACUGCCAACUACGCCAAAAAGAGAGUUCAAACAAUGCUUCUUACAAGCCAAUCCCUUAGCUGUGGACCUCCUGGAGAGGAUGCUGGACCUUGAUGCGGACACUCGGUAUACUGCCAAACAGGCGCUGGGCCACCCUUACCUCAAACAAUAUGCAGACCCUUCUGAUGAGCCAGAAUCUGAGCCUUACGACCAGUCCUUUGAGGACAAGGAGUACGAUAUCCCAGUCUGGAAAAGACUAAUAUAUGAAGAAGUGACAAACUUUGAGCCUAAGCACUUAGAUGAACAGCAAGAAAUGUGUAUGUAAGAACACUUCCCCUAUUUGUCUGUGUUCAUGGACUCGGUGAGACAGAGAGAGAGAGAUAAAAUACCAAAUUAAGUGCUUUUGAUGAAGAGUGCCCUCCACAGGUCUUUCAGCUGCCUUUGUACUGUACGACAAGAAUUAAUCCGGCUUUGAACACAACAGAUGCUCUUCUGUAAGUGGAGGAAUGGAAAUGCGUAAAGUCGAAUUUCUGGACUCAUAUCUUUGGAUGAUAAUUCAAAACCUUGUUAACUUUAAGCAUUCAUACCUUGCAAAAAGUAUGGUCUGGACGGGGGGAGG